CGCCGGCGACCGUCCGCCGCGUGCGCAUCUUCACACGCGUCAACUUGUAGCGCUCUCGUGGCAAGUGCAUCAACUAUUGUAAUUAGUGUGUGCGUUGCCGUGAGCUGGAAGACGGUGUUUGGUGAAAAUUCCGUAACUGAAGACUAUCUAGGACAUAAAGAUAAACAGUAUAAUGCGGUGGCGAAGAGAAGUAUCAGGGUGCAGAAUGAUACCCAAGAUACUGUUGCUUGUUGCAAUAUUGACAAUAAGCGUGUGCGAUGCGGCUCGGCGACCAGCGCAGCGUAGAAAGGACACCUCCCGAUCCUCGGACCUCUACGUUCCGGCUCCAAGUGCAGAGAGUCUAACGGCGAUCGCUCAAGCGAUGGGUGCAGCUGGCUUCGAGCACUACACGGAGGGCCGAUCGUUGGUCAAACGGCUGAUACCAUCCGAAAGUCAGCCGGACCUUGACGUUGUUGAACACCAAGGUGUAAUAGGCAAAGCUGGUGUGGAUUUCCCGGCGUACCCGAACAUCCCAAACACAGGAUUCAACUGCAAGAACGUGCCAACUGGAUACUACGCAGACUUGGAGACCGAUUGCCAGGUAUUUCAUAUUUGUGAUACAUCACGGAAGAUUUCGUUCCUGUGUCCAAACGGCACCAUCUUCAGCCAGUCCCACCUCAUCUGUGACUGGUGGUUUAAGGUGGACUGCGCAUCAGCCCCAGCUCUCUACGAGUCCAGUGCUGAGUAUUAUUCAAAUGAGCAGAAAAAGACACAGAAGGUAACGCAAAGUUUAAGCAAGAAUUCUGAUCUCCAACAGAUUGGCACUGAUAAUAAUUUCCGGGCGGAAUCCAGAAGAUCAUCAGUUAAUAUUCCUACAGCUACUGAGCGACUCCUAAAACACCGACAGAGACUUCAUGCUGAAUCCCCGAUCGGCAAUGCAAAAAUAACUUCUAGAGGCUACCAAGGCUUGUAUGACAAUUCUAAUCCAACACAAAGAACACAACCUACAACUGCUUUUGAUAACAAGAGAAGAAACUUGGUGCAAUUAAUUACAAAUGGUUUCGGCAAUACUCCAGUAAAGCCUACCUUGCCUACUUAUACCGAAGCCCCGUCAUUUAGAUCCACUUUAGCUGCCGUAGACUAUAACAGCAUUAGAGAAAUGCAGGUCGCAGCUGAAACAGCAUCUUUUACGAACAAUAACAAUAGACAAUUUUUACAAGAUUAUAAUAGCAAAAAUUUCCGACCCUAUCCAGUUUAUACUCCAAAUCUUACUCCAAAACCAAUCAAAACCAAGAACAAUCCAAACUUAACUACUUUGUAUGAUAUCCGUGAUAAAAACUUAAAUCAUGGAAGACAAGAAACGACAACGAAACGCGUAGUUAGUUAUGACACGACUACUCAGCGUACAGUAAGUCAAGAAGAGACAACAAAACGGCCUACUUUAAUACCAUACACAAAAAGUUACACUACAAGCGUGUAUGAUAGACGAGACCCAUAUACCAGGCCUGGCGUAUCAUUGUUGAAAAGUUUUAUUGAUAAAGAAAAAAACAAAACUGGGACUUCCACAACGGAACAAAUAACUGAGACUCCCCCCAACAUACUGAGUAUAGACACAAAUGUAACAACUAAUACAGAAAAUAUUAAAAUUGAAACAAAGAAUACCUUUGAAUCUGCUACAAAAAUACCUCAGACGACCAGAAAUGGACAAUCUCUAUCAACCAAAACAUCUGAUAUAUUUUCUAAAUCUAAUAACUUAAAUCAGGUCUCUACUGAGGCGUAUCAAGAACGAAGAGACAGACUUAUCAGAAAACUCAAUUUAGAGACUUUUGGAUAUUCCUCACCUACUUCGCCCACAACUGUAACUGAUAAGUACUAUGGUGAUUUACCUAACCGACCCGGUUUAGUUGUACCGCCAUCCUUGACUCCAAAAACUCUUCACAGUUUGGCUAUUUAUUAUGCAACUGCUUUAGACAACAUAUCUACUACUCCAUCACCUGAAGAAGAGACAGAAACUAUUUCACCUCAAUUUGAUGAUUAUGAGCAAGUACUUGAACAAGGCCUGCCAGCGCUUUUUAGCCGACAAACUAUUAGUAAAUACAGCAAACUAUUUAGAAAUGGUAAAAAGAAUGAAGAGUUACUCGAAGAAAUUAAAUUAGAUCCUAACGGAACAUAUAACGAAUUAGCAGAAGAUUUAUCCGUUCAACAAAGUCAAAACCCAAUAGCCGCAUCUCCCCAAAUUAGAGAACUAGCUCAAGUAUUUACUCAUGCUCUCUCUGCAUACCUCCAAGAUCCUGUACAAUUUAGAAAAGCUUUGUCUGAUAUUAGACCAACUCACCCGUCAUUCGGUGACAUGAUGGCAACUGAGGCAUAUAAUACGGAACCAACAACUACUGUAAACGAAGAUGACGAUGAAAUAUUAGGUUUUUCAGAUGACAAUAAAGUUUCUCGACCUUUGAUUUCUUUGAGGGAUGCAAAAUCUAUUAAUCUUUCGACUAAUUAUCCAUCAAUAUCUGAACAACCGACAACACAACAUCAAGUUAUUACUGAAAUUGUGCCAACGACUUAUCAUACAACUACACCAAGAAGUCCUUUCAGAUGUUGUGGCAGAAUAUCGGCUUCAUAUACUACAGCCUCUACCCCUAUUCUCACAACAACGCCUACAAGUUUUACCAAUACCGUUGCCGCUAAAAUUAAUUCCCUUGUCAACAACAGUGAAACGUUCAUUACUUCGACAGAAAGCUCUUAUGCUACCCCCACUUAUGUCGGAGUCCGUAGUACUGCAUCUGAUUUAUCUUCAGCUCCAUAUGGUCAAGGAUUAAAUCCUACUAAUGCGAAGCCUUUGAAUGAAUAUGUACAGGCCACAAACCUACCAACUGCUUGGGGUAUUGAUAUAUCUGAAUCAGCGGCUCCACUAACAAAUGCAAAUAAUAUUGAUGGUUUCGAAAGUAAAAAAAUAAAAACCGCCCCUGAAUUCGCGACUACAACACCAGUCUAUUUCACUGAAAGUGACAGUAUUGAAUUAGAAAAUGAGGAAGAAUUGCAAAGAGCACAUAGCCAAUCAUUCUUAAGUCCACAAAAUAAUCUUGUAAACAAUCGUCAUGGAAAACAAAUUAAUAUAGAUGAUACCAAACCACAGCAAACACCUUCCGAAGAACUAGAAGCACCAACAAUACCAGACAUUGAAGCGACAACUGUACUUACUACAACUCAACAGCCACAGACUACCACAGUCAAACUUGAAGAACUUGAUGUUACCACAUUAUCAACAAUUCCUGAAAAAAUAUUUACGUCUCCCGACGUCGAAAAGACAACUAGCCAAUUCCAAUGGUCCAGCACUUUUGGUAAUUGGCAAUCCACGUUCAUUGACCCCAUUACUUUAAACGACGGUUUAAGCCCAUCUAGCCCUGAUGAAGUGUCUCAAGUAGCUAGACAAACAAAUAGCUGGGAGACAAACACUGCCACCACAGUUUCACCAGUAUAUACUGGCUCUAGCGAGCAAUCUGUUUCAUCAUCUAUAGCUAUUGAGAUAACAACACCUACAAGUAUAUCUGAUAACCGAGUUGGAAGAUAUAUAAAUGAUCUUUCAGCCACUGAGCCAAACCAAGACCUAUCGACAAUCGCAGAUACUGUUGUAGAAAAAGCAAAGGAGAUAAUGGGAGGCAUGAACGCUACAACUACCGAGAAACUCAUGAAUGUUAUGAAGAAGACUAAAUCUAAAAGUGUUAAAAGACUGAUACUUCUUCUGGUCCAAACAUGCGAUGAUGAUCACAAUACAACAGCGGAAGCAUCUAAAAAGGCUUUAUUAGAAGCACUAAUGGCGGUUUCUCCGAAAGACAUGGACGAAAUUGCCAAAGAGGAACUCGAAGAGAUUCCUUUAACGACAACUGAUUAUGAAUCUGUAGGAACAACAGUGAAUAAGAGGAAUGAUAGGCGGAGACCUAAAAGUUUUAAUUCCGAGUCGCAAGCUAUAAACUCUCUGUCGAAUCCUACAGUGACAGAAGUAGUGCGAACGACCACUGAAGUUAUAACAGAGACUAUACCUACCACAAUAAGUCCUGUAAAAUCGGCACCAGUCAAUCGUAGGGGUCAUAGGAAGUUUGGUACCAAGACAACUCCAGUUGAGGAUAAGACUACCAAAUCUCCGCUUGAUAUACCUCAUGCGGAAGCCAGAAUAGCGCCACAGGAACCGCAACUUAAAGGUUCUUCAGAUACACGUGCUUUAGAAUUAUUAAGGUCUCUUUAUACAAUCGCAUCGCGAUGGGGUUGAAGUUACUAGACUGUUUUAAAGUACUGGACAUAUACAUUUAUAUUUAGGGGGUUUUGGUUGCAUUUUGAUAAAUUUACUUCUUCGCAAAGUGAUAAAAUACUCAUUUUUUAAUUAGUCAUAUUUUUUCGUAAAGUGAAUUAUCAAAAGUACACAUACUUGAACAGGAAUUAUUGUAAAUA